CGGGCAAGCCCAUGAAGGACCGGGUGCCACGCUGCCCCCAACUCGCAGUUCCAGAAUCGUCUUCCGUUUCGUCGGCGACCCAUGAAGGACCCCUUCGAGGCGGCCGUUGAGGAGCAGGAGUCCCCGCCGGAUUCGCCGGCGCCGCCCGAGGAGGACACUGCCACAGCGGUCCCCCACACAACCGCCGAGGACUAUGACGGCAGCGCGGGUGCCGGUGGUUCGCGCGCCCCGCCGCCGCGGCCGCGGCCUUCGGCGCCAGCCGCGCCCUCGACCUCCGUCGCCCCGGCGGCGGCGAAGGCCAAGGUUCGGGCCCAUAAGGAGCAGGACGACGACGACGACGAGGAAGACCCCAUGGAGGUCGACCUCGACAAGCUGCCCUCCGGCACCAGCGAUCCCGACAAGCUCGCCAAGAUGAAUGCUUUGUUAUCCCAAUUUACAGAAGACCAGAUGAACAGGUAUGAGUCAUUUCGGAGAUCUGGAUUUCAGAAAUCUAACAUGAAAAAGCUAUUGGCGAGUAUCACUGGCAGUCAAAAGAUAUCUAUGCCAACCACCAUUGUAGUAUCAGGAAUAGCAAAGAUGUUUGUCGGCGAGGUCAUUGAAACAGCAAGAAUAGUUAUGAGUGAAAGGAAAGAUUCUGGACCCAUCAGGCCUUGCCACAUCAGAGAAGCAUACAGAAGAUUGAAGCUUGAAGGGAAGAUCCCAAAGCGAUCCGUUCCUAGACUCUUCCGCUAGAGUCGAAGCAUCGUUGUUGAUGUAAGUCAGGCGUCGCAUGAUUCUCUCUCGGAGUCAAAAGGUUAUGGUAACUGUAAUGGAACCUCGGCUUUGCAAUCUCCAUGCGUUCCCACACUUCUACUUGCCAUCACACAGGAAGGUGAUUGUAGAGAGAACGAAGAAAAAUAGUAGCCGCAGCGUGAUGGUAUUUUAUGGUGCUCGUUACUCGUUGGAAGUUGUGACUGUUUCAUGCUUA